CGAGUUAAAAGUGAAGAGAGUUGACCAGAAUCAAAUCUCAUCACACCAGUUAAGCUUGUCGAAAACCAACCCAGUUUAUUGCAACCAAUUCCUUUCCUUUGUUCUUGACAUCAUGGCUGAGGCAGUUGGUGGUGCAUUCCUCUCUGCUUUCCUUGAUGUUGUGUUCGACAAGCUGUCUACAGAUGAGGUUGUUGACUUCAUCCGUGGAAAGAAGCUUGACCUCAAUUUGCUUGAGAACUUGAAGAGCACUCUGAGAGUGGUUGGAGCUGUGCUUGAUGAUGCUGAGAAGAAACAAAUCAAACUCUCCAGUGUCAACCAGUGGCUCAUUGAGGUCAAAGAUGCUCUCUAUGAGGCCGAUGACUUGCUGGAUGAAAUUUCUACCAAAUCUGCAACUCAAAAGAAGGUAAGUAAAGUGCUUUCUCGCUUUACUGAUAGGAAAAUGGCCAGUAAGUUGGAAAAAAUAGUUGACAAAUUAGAUAAAGUUUUAGGAGGCAUGAAGGGUCUUCCUUUGCAAGUGAUGGCAGGGGAGAUGAACGAGUCAUGGAAUACUCAGCCAACGACAUCACUGGAAGAUGGAUAUGGCAUGUAUGGUAGGGAUACAGACAAGGAGGCCAUAAUGAAGUUGUUGUUGUCAGAUGAUAGCAGUGAUGGUGUACUAGUGUCUGUGAUCGCUAUUGUAGGCAUGGGUGGGGUUGGAAAAACCACUUUAGCCCGAUCUGUGUUCAACAAUGACAAUUUGAAGCAGAUGUUUGAUUUAAAUGCAUGGGUUUGUGUUUCUGAUCAAUUUGAUAUUGCUAAGGUCACAAAAACUAUGAUAGAGCAAAUCACGCAAGAGUCAUGUAAAUUGAAUGAUCUAAACUUGCUUCAACUUGAAUUGAUGGACAAACUGAAAGUUAAAAAAUUCUUAAUUGUCUUGGAUGAUGUAUGGAUCGAGGAUUAUGAGAAUUGGAGUAAUCUUACAAAACCAUUUCUACAUGGGAAAAGGGGAAGUAAAAUUCUCUUGACGACCCGCAAUGAAAAUGUAGUGAAUGUAGUCCCUUACCAUAUUGUUCAAGUUUAUCCUCUAAGUAAAUUGUCAAAUGAAGAUUGUUGGCUAGUGUUUGCAAACCAUGCAUUUCCCCCCUCAGAAUCAAGUGGGGAGGAUAGAAGAGCUUUAGAAGAAAUUGGAAGGGAGAUUGUUAAAAAGUGUAAUGGAUUGCCUUUAGCAGCACGGUCACUUGGAGGUAUGUUGAGAAGAAAGCAUGCUAUUAGGGAUUGGAAUAAUAUACUUGAAAGUGACAUUUGGGAACUUCCUGAAAGUCAGUGUAAAAUUAUUCCAGCCUUGAGAAUUAGUUAUCAAUAUCUCCCUCCACAUUUAAAACGAUGCUUUGUUUAUUGUUCAUUAUACCCUAAAGAUUAUGAAUUUCAAAAGAAUGACUUGAUCUUGUUGUGGAUGGCUGAAGAUCUUUUGAAGCUUCCAAACAGAGGAAAGGCGUUAGAAGUUGGUUACGAGUAUUUUGAUGAUUUAGUUUCUAGAUCAUUUUUUCAACGUUCAAGUAAUCGAACUUGGGGCAAUUAUUUUGUAAUGCAUGACCUCGUGCAUGAUCUAGCAUUAUACCUUGGUGGAGAAUUCUAUUUCAGAUCAGAAGAACUUGGAAAAGAAACCAAGAUUGGUAUAAAGACUCGUCAUUUGUCAGUUACAAAGUUCAGUGAUCCAAUCUCAGAUAUUGAAGUUUUUGACAAACUACAAUUUUUGAGAACUUUAUUGGCAAUUGAUUUUAAAGAUUCUUCAUUCAACAAGGAAAAGGCACCAGGUAUUGUAGCGUCGAAGCUUAAGUGCUUGAGAGUUUUAUCAUUUUCUCGCUUUGCAAGUCUGGAUGUUUUGCCUGAUUCAAUAGGUAAAUUGAUCCAUUUGCGUUAUUUAAAUCUAUCUCAUACAAGUAUAAAAACACUGCCGGAGUCAUUGUGUAAUUUGUACAAUCUACAAACUCUGGUGUUGUCUGGUUGCAGAUUGUUGACCAGGUUGCCUACUGACAUGGAAAAUCUUGUAAACUUGUGUCAUCUUCAUAUUUAUGGUACUCGUAUAGAAGAGAUGCCUAGAGGAAUGGGAAUGUUAAGUCAUUUGCAGCAUUUGGAUUUCUUUAUUGUGGGCAAGCAUAAAGAGAACGGAAUCAAAGAACUGGGGACACUUUCAAAUCUUCAUGGUUCGCUUUCUAUUAGGAAUUUGGAGAAUGUAACCAGAAGCAAUGAAGCAUUGGAGGCUAGGAUGCUGGAUAAGAAGCACAUUAAUGAUUUAUCCUUGGAAUGGUCUAAUGGCACCGACUUCCAAACUGAAUUAGAUGUACUGUGCAAAUUAAAACCUCACCAAGGCCUGGAAUCUCUAACAAUAUGGGGUUAUAAUGGAACCAUAUUUCCAGAUUGGGUGGGAAAUUUUUCCUACCACAACAUGACAUAUCUAAGUUUACGUGAUUGUAAUAACUGUUGUGUGCUUCCUUCACUUGGGCAACUACCGUGUCUUAAGUACCUCGUUAUUUCAAAAUUGAAUUCACUGAAGACGGUUGAUGCAGGGUUUUACAAAAAUGAAGAUUGUUCUUCUGUGACACCCUUUUCUUCCCUUGAAACUCUAGAAAUUGAUAACAUGUUUUGCUGGGAGUUGUGGAGUACCCCUGAGUCAGACGCCUUUCCUCUACUCAAGUCUCUUAGAAUAGAGGAUUGCCCCAAACUAAGGGGAGAUUUGCCAAAUCACCUUCCUGCUCUGGAAACACUUAAAAUUAAAAAUUGCGAGCUUCUUGUCUCUUCUCUCCCAAGGGCUCCCAUCCUUAAGGGCUUAGAGAUAUGUAACAGCAAUAAUGUAUCGUUGAGUCCAAUGGUGGAGUCCAUGAUCGAGGCCAUCACCAGCAUCGAGCCAACUUGCCUCCAACAUUUAACAUUGAGUUAUUGUUCGUCAGCCAUAUCUUUUCCGGGUGGUCGUCUACCUGCAUCUCUGAAGGAUCUGCAUAUCAGCUAUAUUAAAAAUCUGGAAUUCCCGACCCAACACAAACACGAUUUACUGGAAUCACUGUCACUAUACAAUAGUUGUGAUUCUCUCACGUCUCUUCCAUUGGCUACCUUUCCAAAUCUCAAAACUCUCCAAAUCGAAAACUGUGAAAAUAUGGAAUCUCUUUUGGUUUCAGGGGCAGAGUCAUUUAAGAGUCUGUGUUCUUUGAGAAUUUGCGGAUGCCCCAACUUUGUAUCAUUCUGGAGAGAAGGAUUGCCUGCGCCCAAUUUGACUCGAAUUGAAGUUUCAAAUUGCGACAAGUUGAAGUCAUUACCUGACAAAAUGAGUAGUCUUUUCCCAAAGUUAGAAUAUCUUAACAUAGGCGACUGCCCAGAAAUUGAGUCGUUUCCAGAAGGGGGUAUGCCACCUAACCUGAGAACAGUUUGGAUUUUCAAUUGUGAGAAACUACUGAGCGGCCUAGCAUGGCCAUCCAUGGGCAUGCUUACCCAUCUCACUGUUGGGGGUCCAUGUGAUGGCAUCAAGUCAUUCCCUAAGGAGGGUUUGCUGCCUCCCUCCCUUACAUCUUUGAAGCUAUAUAAGUUGUCAAAUCUGGAGAUGUUGGACUGCACGGGGCUUCUCCAUCUCACAUCCCUCCAACAAUUAUUCAUCAGCGGAUGUCCUUUGCUGGAGAGUAUGGCUGGAGAAAGGCUUCCUGUCUCUCUAAUAAAAUUAACCAUAAGCGGAUGUCCUUUGCUGGAAAAACAAUGCCGCAGGAAGCACCCUCAAAUUUGGCCUAAAAUAUCCCACAUCCGUCACAUUAAAGUUGACUAUAGAUGGAUUUAGUGACCAAGGAUGAGCACCGGAUAUGAUAGAUUGUCCUGUAGAAACUGCACCUGUCAAUGGAUAUGAAUUCAACUUUGAACAAGAUCUAAAUGGAACUUCUGAUUUAAUUGACGUGACACUGAUGCUUUCUAAACACAUGAAUUAGAAACUGAAAAGCUUUUCAUUGCAUACAAUAGAGAGGAUGAAAAGCUAUAUCAGGACAACUACAUGGGAAGAUCUCAGAUCUUUCGACAAGCCAUGCUGUCUUCCUAGGAAAUUGUCAUAUACUGCUCCCUAGGCAGGUCAUCACUUUUGUGUUUGAUGCAAAGAUGGAUAUAUAUAGGUGGAACACUUCUGAAAGGUUUAUCCCAAUAUGUACAGUGCACUGAAUGGGAAAGAACUGGAAGAAAGGAAAUCUUACAUUCAAAGCUUUUGAUGCAAAACAUAAGAGGGAAGGUGGUGGUUUCAUCUGUGUGGAAGGUUUCCAUGAUGUUCUCAGAGAUCAAACUUUCAAACUUGCAUAACCAAAGUUUGAGCACCUUAACGGUAAAGGCUUCAUUGUAUGAAAUGAGUUCUGGCAAGUGAUUUUCAAAUAAAAACAACUUGGGAAGUUUGAAGGAAGAAUGAUAUCUGAUGGGGCAAAAGGAGGAGGAAGCGAGGGCGCAAUCAGCUGAUGGCAGAGUGUUUAAGAUUGUUCCAUGGCACCAUCUGGAGCAUAGCACCAGCAACUCCCUGAGCAUACAGGCCUUAAGCCAUGAUUUGACUGGUUCAGAUAGAUCAUAUUUUCAAAAGUUGUUCAUGUCAUUGCAUGCAAUGUUUGCUUUCACCCAAAGGGGUGGCUUUGAUCAAAUUGACAAGGAUGAUUCCAACCUACCUCUGGAUACAGCUCCUAUUAAGCAUGUCACGCAGACUUCUUCCUUGCAUGCAUGCAAUUUUUCCUUCCCUUGUUUUCUCUAGGACAAAAGUUAUCACAGUGCAUACGUGACAAUCUACCCUCAAAACUCUCAGCAUCAAUCAAACAGUCACAAGAAAAGGCCAUGAAACAUAUGAUGCUAAUGCCACAAAAUGGUGGCAGUCGUGGUGAUGUCCAUGUUGAGGAUAACCAAAACAUGUCCUUUCCGUCGUGGGAGGGAACCUUUAUGAGGUGGUUCAGUGAAAUAGAUGAAAAGCUUGCUAAGAACAUUGACACUGAUGGAUUUCGUGGCGGUAGCACUUCUGUAUCUGUAAUCAAACAGGGUGACCAAGUAAUAAUUGGCAAUGUGGGGGAUUCUCGUGCAGUUCUUUGCAGAAGAGCACCUGACAAUCACCUUAUUCCUGUUCAACUUACUGUUGACUUGACUCCAGAUAUUCCAAGAGAAGCUAUGAGAAUUUUUGCUGUAGAAGAAGAUCCUACUGUAAACAGAGUAUGGAUGCCUAAAAGGGACUGCCCUGGACUGGCUAUGGCAAGAGCCUUUAGAAAUUUUUGCCUAAAAGACUAUGGUGUCGCCUCAGUCCCUGAUGUGUCUUAAAGAAAACUUACCAAGGAGGAUAAGUGUGUGGUUUUGGCUUCUGAUGGGAUAUGGCAAUAGUAUGGUAGAAUCAAAAGGAAGAAUGGGAUGCUCUUGGAGGGUUCUCCAGAGCGAACUUUGAAUCAUAGAUUGCAAUCACCUCAGUACCUCAAGGAGGGUUGAAGCUGAUCACUAACUCAGCCAGAAACUCCCCGAAUCCAAGGGCUAGUGCUACUAACAAGUUAACAAUUGUACGGCCAGAAGAUUUUGCUUUUGACACAAUCCCAGAAGAUGGCAAUUAUUUUAGCCUUCUAAUUCUGGUGUGAUUACGUGCAAGACUUCUUUUCUAUCUGCCUAAGACCAACAUUGAUCAGUUUUAGCAGUCUAUAUUAUGGUACCAUAAAAGUUUUCUUUUUUCUGGCUUGGGUUCUAAAGAGUUCAAUGAAGAACUAAGCAGCACCUACUUUUCUAUUUAUCUUCAAUUAUUUCCUAGUGUCCUGUGUUGACACUAACAUUCAGCAUAAAACAUUACUAGACACUAGUUUGGAAUUUUACAUACCAAGAAUAUAGUAUUAAUAGAUUGCUGAUAAUUCAGAGGGGUUA